AUGAGGGUGCUGGUACUGGCCAAUCUUCUCUGUGUGGUGCUCUUAGCUUUGCUCGCUAGCGACAUCGCCUCGAUGACGGCGCGGCUGCCGAGGCACCGAUUUCUUGCCGAGGACUCCGAGAACGGGGACUUCUUCGAUGCCGAAGUGGGAGAGGAUGACGACUAUGGAGAGGUUCCAAGGCUGCGUCAUCACGGCCGUAAGUGA